GUCACACGGCUCUAGUAAAACAACAACAAGCCAAGCAGCCAAUCAGAGAAAGGCGCUGGUCAUACUCGCUGUAGCCCGUGUAAAGAGGAGGACAGUGCUGAUGCAAACAUGCCUGAAGUUCCGUGCAGAGAGCCAGAGCACUCUGAUAAUACUGCCAGAAAAAGAAAGCGAGAGGACGUCGACGAGUUUUCUGCGAAAAAGAAAUCGCGCUGGGGUGUUUUGAUUAGUCAAGGAUCUUGGGCAGAUCGUUCUCCACUCCAUGAAGCUGCAUGUCAAGGUCGACUUCUGGCACUUAAGACUCUUCUAUCACAGGGUUACAGUGCAAAUAUUGUCACCAUUGAUCAUGUGACUCCACUACAUGAAGCUUGUCUGGGAGAUCAUGUAGCCUGUGCCAGGGCACUCAUAGAGGCUGGUGCCAAUGUAAAUGCCACGACCAUUGAUGGUGUGACACCGCUGUUUAAUGCCUGCUCAGCAGGAAGUGUCACCUGCGCAGAAGUACUGUUGGAGCAUGGAGCAAAACCACAGGGGGAAGUGUGCCAACCUUCGCCAAUUCAUGAGGCAUCUAGCAAAGGCAGGGCGGCAUGUAUAGAUUCUCUCAUCUCAUGGGGAGCAGAUGUAGAUUUCGACAUCCCUCAUCUAGGAACACCUCUCUACAUCGCCUGUGCUUCCCAGCAGCUCCAGUGUGCACAGAAACUUCUGGAUGGAGGAGCCAAUGUGCAGAAGGGACAUUUUCUGGACACUCCACUUCAUGCAGCAGCACAAAAAGACAGUCCAGAAAUCAUCAAGGUGCUACUGGAGUUUGGUGCUAGCAUUAAUGCUCGCAACCUAGAGUUACAAAAGCCAGUGGAAACAGCGCCACCCAGCAGUACGGCAGAGGCUGUACUACUUCUUUAUGAGGCCACGCCGCAGUCUCUAUGUCAGCUGUGUAGACUGAGUAUCCGAAACUACAUGGGCCGAUCCAGACUGCACUUGAUUCCUCACCUCAAACUGCCUACUCUGCUCAAGAGCUUCCUUCAAUACAGAUAACCUCUCCACCUCCCUCAUAAAGCCCCAUCCACACUUUUAUUUUCUUAUUUUAAGUGCAUUAAUAUACACAAAGGUCACCUGUUCUUGUUUGUGACCACCAACGCACAGACAACACCAUCACGGCUGCAAUUCAUUCAUUAAAAGAAUCUAAUAUAUUUUGUGCGCAACUAAUGUACAUCAGUUAUAUUUUGUAAGAAUCUUCAUUUACAAAUUUAUUGUAAAUUAGUCACUUGUGACAUGUCCAUCCUUAUGUUUGUAUCAAUAUAAAUUGCAUGCCUAACGUGAUGCAAAUUUAUCAUGUCAGAAAUUACUGAAGUCAAAGAAAAUAUAGUGAAUUUGCUAUUUUUUACCAAGCUAACGCUUUCAGUUUUUCCACAUUUUCAAAAGCUGCAAUCUGAACUGUUUUAAAAGGGGACAAUUCAAUCUAAUGUAGUACUUUUGCUAAACAUUUUGUUGCCAAACAAAGCAUGAUAAACUUACACACAAAUAAAGAUAUGCAUACUUUGAUGGUC